AUGGGACGAGGUGACGAAUCAAGCACAACUGCGAAAUCAACUCAGGAACAGUUCCGAACCCCGGAUAAGCCCCCUCUUACAAGUUCCUCUACCACAUCAAAAGCUCGCAAAGACAUAUCGUCGGCGAAAAGGCAAAGCGGCACGCCAAUAUCCUCGGGUCGUACAUCGAAGUCAUGGAAAAGAAGCCUGUUGUCAGGGGAGCAACCGACGCUCACACAAAUCGACUUUGUGACACCGAGAUCACAGAACCUUGAAUCUGAUGACGAUGACGAUGAUCUCGAUUAUAUUGACGACGCACCGCACGAUGAUACCGUGAAUAGCUGCCAAGUGAUUGAACUGGAUGAUGAUCUGGAUGGCGAUACUGGUUACAGGCCAGAUUCACAUUCACGGGCACGCCGCAGUGGUGGCGCAAUGAAUAGGCAGAAUGCAGAAGGCAAAUCAUCGAGGAUGAGAAGAAGCUUAGGACAAGCAAAUUCGAGUGAGAAACGAUCGCGAGGACGAAAAAGCACCGAUAGUGUUGCAAUCAAUAAGAAGCGCACGGAUAAGUCGCGGAAGGACAAGACCCUCACCCAGAUGGAUUACGUGCGGCGUUAUCUGAAGAUCGAGCCCGAUGAUGAGGUCAAAUUAGAAUAUACCUAUAUGACUCCGAAAGUGAACAAGGGGCAGACAAUGAAGGGAACAAGUUCUCGAGACCUUAAAUCUGGGUCCGCUAAUGUUCAAAAGAUAUCGAGCUCGAUUAAGAAAAGGAAGCUGCAGGACGACGAUGAGGAGGAGGAGGACUCGAGAGCACUACUGGUUCUGGCCCAGACGCAGGGCAAGAGACUUUUGAAGGAGGAACCAAAGACGCCACAGAAACCCAGACGAUCAGAAGUUCCUUCUUCGCAAUCACCCGAGAGUCCUGGCGUCGCAUUUAUCUCGUCAUCCCAGUUUCGAGACGCCACCCGCUCUCCACUUAGACUUGCCAGGACAAAUACGUUUACUCAAAGCAUCAAAGAUGAAAUUCCGGACUCAAAUGAGACAGCAGAAAGUUUGAAACAAAUUUCAAUGGUCGAGAGUACAUUACCGCCUCCUAUAGUACCAGAGUCUUCGCUAUCCUUUGAGCUCGGGGGCGACGAUGAGGUACCCUUUGAUUUUAAAGCGACACAAUUGAAGUCUGCCACGGAAGCCUCUGCUUCUGCGCUUGAAAUUGAGCGCGAGCUAGACAAACCUCCUCCGAGCACGGAGAGAACAGUGGUAUACGAAACGGAUGCUGAAACAGACUAUAGCGAUAAUGAACAGUCGACCGUGGCUGGGCCGCGCUACGAGAUGGUCCUAGCCCACGACGCGGAUCAAGCUGUCGAAGACGGAGAUGAAGGUCCUGAGAAUGAUUCCCAAACACUGCCUCCGCCAAUCAUGCAUUCUAGCUCGGAUGAUGAGCGUUCACUUUUGCAAACCGAACUCAAUCUAUCAUCAGAUGCCUCAAUAUGUUACCAAAGGCGACAUCCUGCCACUCAGUUUCCAUCCGAACCGAUACCUACUCUGAGCACUCAGAAGCUUGCUGAGCUUUUCCCACAAGAGUCCAGUCUCCAACAAACCCUGACAGAGACUUCAAGAAUCAAGCCCUCUCUCCUGAGGAGACAGACACUAGUUGAUCCGUUCUUACACACACAGACCCAAAGCCAAACCCAAGAUCUGGUUAAAGACUCCACAGAGAUUGUUCUAGAAUCUUCACCAGUCGCACGACCUCGGGACUACGCAUCUGAGGCUGAUCCUGUGCUGCCCGCUCAUCCUGCGCAGGGCGUGGUGCAGGUGGAGUCUUCGCAGCCGGUAGACCGACUCAAACAACGAGCGGACCCGAUUCAAGAUUCUGGUCCGAAGGGGCUUCUGUCUCGCAGUCAACUCCUGACGUCUAGUGUCAUGGAGAGUGUGCCUGUGCCAGGGUUUUGGAUGGGCAGUCAGGACAGUGUCGGACAGCCUUAUAGUUUACCAGACACAUAG